AUGCGAAAAAAAUUAUCUUUGCUAACUUUUUUAUUCAUAUUCAUCUUACUGAUAAAUAUACCUUCUUCACAAGGACAAACUAGCAGCAUAACAACAGCAUCAGCAACAUCAACAACAUCAACAACAUCAACAACAUCAACAACAUUGACAACGACAACAAUAUCAUCAGGGUCAACAACAACAAUAACAUCAACAACAGUAACAGCAAUGGCAUCAACAACAUCAACAACACUAACAGGGACAACAAUAUCAACAGCAUCAUCAACAUCAAUAAUGACAAUGACGACAACGUCAUCAACACCAAGCUGCUCAAACACUCUAUUGAUAGUGAAUAAAAGUUAG